AUGCAACAAGUAUCAUCAGACAUUGAUUUAGAAAGAGUGUUUUCUAAAAAUGCAAAUAACCAUAAGGUCGGUGAUGACUCCACCUAUAUACAUGAGCCCAAACAUAUCCCAGAUACAUUCAAUUUAGAAAGAAGACAGUUCACGUUCAAAGAGAGGUUCGUAGACCCUAACAUGGGUCUUUUGCUGCUAGUUGCCUCAUAUUUUUUCAGUUCUUUGAUGGUUGUUUCUACUAAAGUUUUGGAAACAAAUCCAAAUACAGACACCAGGAUAAAACCAUUACAAAUAUUGGUAGUGAGGAUGGCUAUUACUUAUGUUGGAACUCUUAUUUAUAUGUAUAUGUAUAGGGAAUCUAUCUCAUUUAUUGGGGACAGAGCACAUGCAAUUAUGAAUGUUAGUUACUUCUCAUUAGUUACUUUAGUAAUUGCAUUAAUUGGUAUUAUAUUUAUACCAUCUAUGAAAUUUCAAAUGCCACACAAUUUGAAGGAAUGGUUGUUAUUUUUAAAUUUGGGAAUAUCUGGGUUUUUCCAUCAGUUAUUAUUGACUCUCGGUAUUCAAAGAGAAAGAGCAGGUAGAGGUUCAUUAAUCACUUACACACAAUUAAUAUACGCUUUGUUGUGGGAUAUCAUCUUGUAUAACCAUUUGCCAGCUUUCUGGUCUUGGUGUGGUAUGGUAUUGAUAAUAGGUAGUACUUUAUAUGUAGUAAAGAUAAAGAUGGAUGAAGACGCAGUUAAGUUUAGAAAACUAUCACAAAGAGAAGAAUUUGAUCCUGUCACUUUUGAGAUGACAAAUUUAGAUGAUGAUUAG